UAAAAUGAUAAGUUUAUAUAAAAAUAAAAAUGAAUUAUUUAGUUUAUAAUGAAAUUCUUGGUUUUAGAUAACUACAAGAUACGAAUAUCAAUUUUUUUUAGAAAUUGACAUGUGUCAAUAUAUCGUCGGUGGUCCACACAUUCUACUUAUUCAAUAAUCAAUGUACUGAAUCUAUUCAACACUAAAUAAUCUAAAUCAUCAAAUUUUAUUUUUAACAUGUUAUUUGUAAUGAUUCAAUUUUUAAAUAUCUUAUUAACACACUUCAGAUAGUCUGAGUCAUACUUGGUAAUCUAGGAUUUUAUUAGAUCCUCUGCCAUCCUAUCCUCUGCUGAGAAAACUCCACCUAAUUUUGGAUUCGGAUCAAAACUCUUCUGACUAUUCACAGACCGUGAAUCAUCCCCCUCUCCUAGCUGUUCUGGUCUAAUCUUAUCAUCUUAGAAGUUUAGUAAGGAAUACUACUAGGGUAAUCUCCAAACAAACAACAGACCGUAGACAAUUGUCCUUAGGUUACUGCUAGUUUCUACAUGGACAACCUCAGUCAUCUUCUGGAUGAUUUGCUCUUGCGAAUAUUGUCACUCAACACGACAAAAGAAGCUAUGGCCACAAGUCUUUUGUCCAAAAGAUGGCGUUCUCUUUGGACUUUAGUUCCAGGGCUUUCAUACGACCAUAGCAAUCACAAUGGUGACUACAAGAGCUUCACGCAGUUUGUUUACAGGUCUUUCCUAUCAAACAAGGCACCAAUUCUAAAACACCUGCAUCUGAGUCUCGGCCCUGACUGUCCCUCUGUAGAUAUUGGACUAUGGAUUAAUCUUGCACUUAGUCGCCGUGUCGGUGAGCUGCAUAUUCAUAUUGUUAUUCCUUAUCCCAAGAAAGUGUCUGUUACUUUACCGAGUAGCCUGUAUACCUCUGAAAACCUUCAAAGACUGUCACUCACAAACUGCGUUUUUCUUGAUGGUCCUGUUCACGUUCUUCUCCCGUCUCUCAAAACUCUGAGCCUUAAGACUGUCACCUACACAGACAACACGUCUCUACAAAUAUUUUUAUCCGGUUGUCCAAAUCUUGAAGUAUUGUCUGUGGAAGAUCGUUAUGAUGGCCCACCAAUGGAUGUCAUUGUCGUGGUGCCUUCCUUACAAAGGCUACAUAUGUCCCAUGGAAAUAUUGAAACACGUGGGACAUAUGUGCUAGACGUCCCUUCUUUGAAGUCCCUUGAAAUUAGAGAUUCGGCAAGGUGCAACUUCCGUCAAAUUGAAAACAUGCCUGAACUGGUAAAUGCACGUGUUUGCUUUGGUGCAUCUAGUACCCACGAGUUUCUGAAAGCUCUCACUUCUGUCCGUCGUCUUACGCUAACACAACCACUUACGCUAAAAUCAGAGGUUGUGAAUCCAUGUGGUAUAAUCUUCAACCAGCUUGUCCAUCUAGACUUGCGUACAUUUGCUGUAGGUUGGUGGGAUCUACUUAUUUGUAUGCUCCAGUAUUCUCCCAACCUACGAUUUCUCAAACUCAUUGAUGUUGCUAUAUAUUUCUCUGACAUGGAUAACCCAUCUGGUUGGAAGCCGCCGAGUUCUGUUCCAGAGUGUUUACUGCACAGUGUGGAGGCUUUCGAGUGGUUCCAAUACAAAGGAAGACAGGUAGAUAGAGAGAUGGCAACAUAUGUACUAAAGAAUGCUCUUCGUUUAAAGACGGCGACAUUCUCUACCAGAUUGACUGAUAUGGGGGAGAAGUGUCAAAUGCUCAAGGAGUUGGAAUCUGUAGCUACAGCUUCUCCUUCGGCUCAGAUUCUUUUCGACUGAACAAUCAUAGCACAUUUAGUGUUCUUAUUCUCUCUUCUUAAUCAUGGCUGUGUUUGUUUUUUUGGUUGCACUGAUGUAUCAGAUUUGUAAAAUGAACUGAUUAUACAACUUUUUCUUUUCUCAAAAUAUGGGACACAAGUUGAAAAUGAAGGAAACAUUAAAGCGAAAUUGUCGUUUCAGACUUGGACACACAUAUUAAGACCGACAGUUCUUGCUUUAGUUUUAAAGCUUGAGGUGUUGGUGUUGGUGCUCGAUCCUUUGGUUGUGGAACAAGAUAUUAUAGGCUUCAAUAUCGUGCUACUUUCCUUACAAAGGCUAAAUAUCUCCCACAGACCCGGCUCAAAAGAAUUUUGGACCCUUGGCAAAAUAGUUAAAAAAUAACUUUUUACAUAAUUAUAUGGUAACUUAAAAAUUUUGGACUCUUAUCUUUAAUUUUUUUAAAAAUAUUGGGCCCCUUUUCAAUAUUGUUUUUGCAACAAAAUAUUUUGGGCCCUGGACCAAUGUCCCUUUGCCCACCCUCCUAAGCCGGGCCUGAUCUCCCAGCAAAGUUUUGGAUUACAUAGGCCGUGUGUGAUAGAUGUUCCUUCUUUGAAGUACCUUAAAAGUUGCGGUACGGCAAGUAACAACUUCUGUCAAAUUGAAAACAUGCCUGAGCUGGUAAGGGCAGAUGUUGAUCUUACUCUAGGAGUUAGUACCCACAAGAAGUUUCUGAGAGCUCUUACUUCCGUCCGUCAUCUUACGCUAUGGUGGACAACCCCAAAGGUGAUAACAAACUAUAUAGAAAACAUUAAAUCGUCCGACUGCAAAAAUUAUAUAUAUUAUAAAUUAGCUGGCAUAUGAAACAGGUUGUGAAUCCUUCUGGUAGAAUCUUCAACCAGCUUGUCCAUCUAGUCUUGUAUACAUCUAGUGGAAAUUAUUCGGAUCUAGUUACUUGUAUGCUCCAAGAUUCUCCCAAACUAUCCUCAAACUCAUUGAUGAUGUAAGUGGUCUCUAUAAAACAGUUUUUAUCCGGUUAAGGUUUCCAAUAUUUGUGGUGUUUGACUGAUGACUCUUAGACAAAAAAAAGAAGAAGAGACUGAUGAAUCUGUUGUUGACUGUUAACUAUGUACAUGGUCUUAGAAGCUUGACAUAUAUCUCUCUCGCAUGGAUAAACCAACUGGUUGGAAGCCGCCGAGUUCUGUUCCAGAGUGUUUACUGCACAGUCUUGAGGCUUUUGAGUGGUCGAGAUACAUAGGAAGAAGACAAUAAGAUAGAGAGAUGUCAACAUAUGUACUAAAGAAUGCUACUUGUUUAAAGAUUGCGACAUUCUCUCCAUUAUCGACUGAUUUGGGAGAGAAGUAUCAGAUGCUCAAGGAGUUGGCAUCUGUAGCUACAGCUUCUGCUUCGUGUCAGCUUCUUUUCAACUGAACAAUCAAUCAUUUACGGUAUUAAUUUAUCGAAUAUUAAUUUAAUGUUUUUGAUCUCUCUUCUUAUGAUGGCUGUGUUUGGUUUUUGGUUGAACCGGAUUGUGUUGGGAGACGAAUUGUUUUGUUGACUGGUUUACUUCAUGAACUAUUUUCAACUUGUAACAAAAAAAACUCAUUAUACAACUUUUUCUUUUCUCAUAAUAUGGGACACAAGUUGAAAGAUGAUCAUACAAAGUCAGAAACAUUAAAGCAACUACAUAAGGGAGAAUAAUCAUGUUGUGUUCAUACUAAGUUGAAAGAUGAUCAUACAAAGACAGAAACAUUAAAGCAACUACAUAAGGGAGAAUGAUCAUACAAAUAUAGGGCAUGUUGUGUUCUUAGCAAUAAUCAUCUUGAGCUGCAAUGGAUUAGAUAAAUUCAGUCCCAGUUAC